AUGUGUGCAGCACAGACGAACCCACCGACGAGCUUCAACUAUGCCUGGGGCUUCACCGAGAACGCUCGCACCGAUUCGGUGGUGGAGCUGGGCCCGAACAUCAACUACACCGUCGGCGAUGGGACGACAACAUCGCUACCGGACGGUGCUAGCAUUAUUGUCAAGGACGGGAAAGGAGCGAUCACGCACGCCAACAAAUCGGUCCGCCGUAUGCUCGUCGUAAACGAUGGAUCCACGCUGCAGCAGGGAACACAGCGGAUAAUUACGACCAGCGGCACAACGGCCACCGUCGUCGCCACAGGACACCCGAAGAAACACGAAGUCAUAACGAACGGGCUCAUCGAGACGAAACCGAAAACCACCAUUCUGGCCACCAGUGCCGCCGGUGCGUUUAUGAGUCCACUCGGGCCGAUCCAGCUGACGGCCGAGGAAUGCAACGACAUCCUGAUGAAGCGGGCCGCUGCUGCGGUGGCCGCCAACAACCAGCAUGCCAUCACCAACAGCACCGAUGGCCAUCACGCAUGUAAGUGUGCGGGGGCUUCCAUCUCCGUGCAGGUCCAGAAAGUGAUCCAGGGACUGGAGGAAGGUGACGAUUCGCAGGCCACCACCUCGAACCAUCAGCUCAAGAUUGAGCCGACGCUGAGCAUUUCGCCGAAGCUCGAGGCCCAGGAGGCACCGACACCGACGCCGAACGUGGUGCCGAAGGAGCGUCCCUAUUCGUGCGAACAGUGCGGCAAGUCGUUCCUGUUGAAGCACCACCUGACAACGCACGCCCGUGUCCAUACAGGCGAGCGGCCGCACGUGUGCGUGCACUGUGGCAAGGACUUUGCCCACAAGCACUGCCUGAACACACAUCUGCUGCUGCACUCGACCGAGCGGCCGUACCAGUGCCAGGAGUGCAAGAAGAGCUUCACGCUGAAGCACCACCUGCUGACGCACUCGCGGGUCCACUCGCGCGAACGGCCCUUCGUGUGCCAGGAGUGUGGCCGCUCGUUCCCGCUGAAGCGCCACCUGGUGACGCACAGCAAGUUCCACGCCGGCGAGCGGCCGUACGUGUGCGAGGACUGCGGCGAGAGCUUCGCCCAGAAGGAACACUUGGUGAUGCACUCGCGGUUCCACGGCUCGGUCAACCCGUUCGUGUGCCAGGACUGUGGGGCCACCUUCCCGCGCAAGUUCCAGCUGGUGAACCACGGCAAGCUGCACGGUCGCAUCCCGCACUCGUGCAGCCUGUGCGGCAAAGAGUUCCUCCAGAAGCGUACGCUCACGGCGCACAUGAGAAUCCACACCGGCGAUCAGCCAUUCCCGUGCAUUGCGUGCGGCGAAGGGUUCCGCACCAAGUCGGAGCUGAACGCGCACAAUCGUCUCACGCACGGUGGCGUUAAUCCGAACUCCGCGAACACGACCAUCAUCACGAGCAACUCGGUCGUUACGUCGAACGCCCAGCAGCAGCAGCAACAGCAGCAACAGGCCCAGGCCCAACAGCAGCACAUCGAGGUGCAACAGCUGCAACACCAUCCGGGCCAGGUGCAGGAUGUGACCAACGGUAACAUCAUCACAACGAUCGCCACCACCGGUCAAGGUUCGCCGGAAGCGUCUCCGCGGCCCCAGUUUGCGUGUCGCGAGUGUGGCAGCGCGUUCAAUAGCCGCGAAGCAUUGGCCCUGCACCUGCGCUUGCACACCGGCGAUAAGAGCCUCAUGACGGACCUGUGCGCACUGACCGCUGCCAUCCCAGGGCAUCUGUUCCCCGUCAACCAAGGUAGGUUGGCCGCACCGCCAACCGCGCUCAUGACGACAAAUCCCGUAAUACAAAACUCCACCAUUCCAGUACAAAUAAUCACCUCCUCCGGGCAGGUCCAGCUGCAGCAGCAGCAGCAGCAGCAAGCGCAGGUGGUCCAGCAGCAGCAACACCAGACCGUCGUCCAGCAGCAGAACCAACAGCAGCAGCAGCAGCAGCAGCAGCAGCAACAGCAGCAGCAGCAGCAGCAACAGCAGCAGCAACAGUUGCAGCACCAACAGCAGACGGUUGUGGUGGCGCAAGUGAAACCCAAGUCCCACUACUGUGCCCACUGUGGCAAGGGAUUCGCGGCGAAGCACGGGCUGAUGCUGCAUAAUCGGCGCCACGAGAACGGUAACUGUACGGUGCGGACACACGUGUGCGAGUGUGGCAAGGCGUUCUUCCAGAAGAACCAUCUGAUGCUCCACCAGCGCCAGCAUCUGGAGCAGAGCCAGCGCAGUGGUGGCGGUGGCGGCGGCGCCGGUGCUGCCAGUGGUGCCGCCAGUGCCGCUGCUGCCCAGCAGCAAGCCCAAAGUGCCCAACAGCAGCAGCAGCAGCAGCAGCAGGCACAAGCAGCCGGCGGACAGCAGCAGCUGGUGGUGAUUCAGCAAACGAACCAGGAAGCACUGGUGCAGCAGCAGCAGCAGCAAGCAGCGCAACAGCAAGCGGCCGCCCAGGCAGCCGCCCAGCAGCAACACCAGCUGCAGCAACAGGCCCAACAGCAAGCCGUGGCCGUUCAGCAGCAGCAGCAGCAGAACCAGCAGAACAAUCAGCACGGCAUGCGCAACCUGGUGAUCGCGAACCAACCUGUGCAGGUGCUAGAGGGUAACGCAACGCAGGUGAUCAAGUACGAGAUCAUCCACGACACCUCGCGGCAGUCGAACGUCGAGUGA